GAGAAACCCAAGUGCACUUGUCGCUGAGGGAGAAAUGCAUGCCUUGAGACAAGACAUACUCCCCCCUAGUGGUGUGGAGUUCGCAACGACACUCAAACUAACGCCCUCAACUAUCACUGGAUCUUCCAGCCAAGAAAAGUUACCUCGCGUUCUUACCAAUGUCGUUGUCUCAAGAUCCAACCUUUUGCGCAUUUUCGAAGUGUGGGAACAACCUCCGCAAAUCUCAACUUAUAUUGAAAAUGAGCGAGAGCGAAGGGCUCAUGUACGAAAAGGCACCGAAGCUGUGGAGGGUGAAGUAGAGAUGGAUGAAGGUGGAGAAGGGUGGGUUAACAUGGGCUCUGUAAAGGCUACUGCAAAGAAAGAUCCUUCAAUGGUGUCACGCUUUCACUUUGUGCGAGAGCAUACUCUGCAUGGCACUGUCACUGGCAUGGAAAGCGUGCGCAUUAUGUCAACCUAUGAGGACCAACUAGAUCGCCUGUUAGUAUCCUUUAAGGACGCCAAGAUAGCUCUUCUUGAGUGGUCGGACGCUGCGCACGACCUUGUUACCGUUUCGAUACAUACGUAUGAGCGAGCGCCUCAGAUGGUUUCGUUGGACAGUCCCCUUUUCAAAACAGAAUUGCGUGCAGACCCCUUGUCACGAUGUGCUGCACUGUCUCUUCCAAAGGACGCAUUCGCCAUCCUUCCAUUCUUCCAGACUCAAGCAGAACUCGACGUAAUGGAACAGGAACAAAACCAUACAAGGGAUGUACCAUACUCUCCAAGUUUCGUGCUAGACCUCGUCAACGAUGUCGAUGAGCGCAUUCGAAACGUCAUAGAUUUUGUUUUCCUUCCUGGAUACAACAACCCAACAGUUGCAGUGCUUUGCCAAUCUGAGCAAACGUGGGCUGGGCGCCUCAAAGAGUACCGUGACACGGCUCGCCUCUACAUAUUUACCUUGGAUCUCAUGAGUCGAAAUUACCCCAUUAUUACGGCUGUCGACGGUCUUCCUUACGACAGCGUGUCUCUCCUCCCCUGCGCAACUUCACUUGGAGGUGUCAUCGUCCUCACAAGUAAUUCCAUCAUUUAUGUCGAUCAAGCAGCCCGCCGCGUGUCCCUUCCUGUUAAUGGCUGGGCCGCACGCGUCAGCGAUAUGCCAAUGCCUCCAGCAGACAAAGACCUUGGCCUGUGUCUCGAAGGUAGUCGGCUCGUAUUUGUCGAUGAAAAAACUUUCUUUGUUAUUCGAAAGGAUGGCAUGAUACACCCCAUUGAGAUUAUCCUUGACGGGAGGACUGUAUCCAAACUAGUGCUAUUACCCGUUAUUGCUCAAACGACUAUACCAGCUGUCGCCAGACUACUGAAUGAUGACCUCCUUUUCAUAGGCAGCAUGGUUGGACCGUCGGUAUUGAUGAAGAACACUAGAGAAGAGGUACCUCUCGAGCUUCCUGCGCAGCAAACUGGCGCAGCCACCACUAUCGAUCUUUCUGAUAGUAUGGAUCUAGACGAUGACGAUGAUCUAUAUGGCGAUUCACAGACAGCCGCACAGGUAGCUGUUGGAGCAACACCGGGGGCCAGUGCUACAACAAAGACUCGUUCUAUCAUUCACCUUUCAUUAUGCGACUCGUUACCUGCAUAUGGGCCAAUCGCCGACAUGGCAUUCUCUCUUGCUAAGAAUGGAGAGCGUUUUGUGCCGGAACUUGUUGCUGCCACAGGAGCAGGUCAUCUAGGCGGUUUUACCCUUUUCCAGCGUGACCUUCCGACGCGCACGAAGCGGAAACUGCAUGUACUUGGAGGGGCACGAGGAAUCUGGUCUCUUCCCGUUCGCCAGUCCCAACGUGUCAAUGGUCUCUCUUAUGAGAAGGCUAUGGGCCCAUUUUCAGCUGAAAUUGACACGAUAAUAAUUAGCACAGACGCUAACCCUACACCAGGUGUUUCGCGGAUAGCAACCCGAACAGCAAAAACCGAUGUCGCUAUUCCGACUCGCAUACCCGGGACGACUAUAAGCGCCGCCCCAUUCUUCCAGCGCACCACCAUAUUGCAUGUGAUGACGAAUUCUAUUCGCGUGUUGGAGCCCGAUGGUAAUGAGAGACAAGUUAUCAAAGAUAUGGAUGGUAGCUUGCCUCGGGCAAAAAUUAAAUCAUGCAGUAUCUGCGAUCCCUUUGUGCUUAUCCUGCGAGAAGACGAGUCUAUUGGUCUUUUCAUCGGCGAAACGGAGCGAGGGAAGAUUCGACGCAAAGAUAUGUCUCCAAUGGGUGACAAGACAUCUCGUUAUAUCGCCGGCUGUUUCUUCACGGAUACUAUCGGUCUCUUCGACGUAGAGGCGAGCGAAAACGCUGCAGCAUCAUACACAGAUAAGAAUACGUCUACACUGCAGGCGGCUGUAGCAGCUGGCAACAGAAGUCAGUGGCUCGUACUCGUGCGACCGCAGGGCGUCAUGGAGAUCUGGUCACUCCCGAAGUUGACUCUUGUAUUCUCAACCGCUGCUAUCUCCACGUUGGAGAAUAUAUUGAUGGACUCUUGCUCUCCUGCCGCGUUGUCUUUACCACAAGACCCCCCUAGAAAGCCCCAGGAUCUUGACGUCGAUCAAAUUCUUGUUGCACCCUUAGGCGAAACGUCGUUGGUUCCUCAUCUGUUUGUCAAGUUCCACAAAGUCGUUUCCAAAACCUUUGAAAUCCAGAGAGUUGAGGAGACGGAGAAAACUGUGCUUGCAGAGCACAAGAGAAUCUCGCGGAUGUUUGUUCCAUUUGUGACUUCCCCAAACAUGGAGUGUACCCUUGCUGGCGUUUUCUUCACGGGUGAUAGGCCAUGCUGGAUUGUAGCCACUGAUAAGGGUGGAAUAAGGGUGGUACCCUCGGGGCAUACUGUCGUUUACGCAUUCACUGCGUGUUCUCUUUGGGAGUCCAAGGGAGAUUUUCUUCUGUAUUCUGACGAGGGUCCUACUCUUCUUGAAUGGGCUCCAGAAGUCCAACUUGACAGUUGUCUACCGUACCGCAGUGUUCCUCGAUCUCGCACAUACUCCAACGUCAUAUUCGAACAUUCGGCUUCAUUGAUAGUGGCUGCUUCCUCACUACAAGCUCGUUUUGCCUCCUAUGAUGAAGACGGUAACAUUAUUUGGGAGCCUGAUGGGAAUGGCGUUUCCUUCCCUUAUGCUGACUGCUCAACGCUCGAGCUAAUUUCGCCGGAACAUUGGGUUACAAUGGAUGGUUACGAAUUCGCAUCCAAUGAAUUUGUCAACACCCUGGCUUGUGUUUCUCUUGAAACAACAAGCACGGAAAGUGGGAGUAAGGAUUUCAUUGCUGUGGGAACAACAAUCAACCGGGGAGAAGAUUUGGCUGUAAAGGGAGCGACAUACAUUUUCGAGGUUGUUGAGGUUGUUUCCGAUCCUAAUUGGACACCCAAAAGAUGGUACAAAUUGAAGCUGCGAGUGAAGGACGAUGCGAAAGGCCCCGUAACAGCCGUGUGUGGCAUAAAUGGAUAUCUUGUGUCAUCCAUGGGCCAGAAGAUUUUUGUUCGUGCUCUUGAUCUGGAUGAACGCCUAGUUGGCAUUGCCUUCCUAGAUGUUGGCGUCUACGUUAUAUCACUGCGCUCAAUGAAGAAUCUUCUCUUGAUCGGAGAUGCCAUGAAAAGUGUCUGGCUAGUGGCUUUCCAAGAGGAUCCGUACAAACUUGUUAUACUCGCCAAGGACGUGCGAAAGAGACAUGCCACAACUGUGGACUUUUUCUUUGCUGGGGGAGAAUUGGCCAUCGCUAGCGAAGACGAAGAGGGUGUCCUAAGAUUGUUUGCAUAUGACCCUUCCGAUCCCGAGUCUCGAGGAGGUCAGCAUUUAUUGUGCCAUACAGAGUUCCACGGUCAUAAAGAGUGCCGCUCAACCAUUAUGAUUGCUCGGCGCACGAAAGACGAACAACUCAUUCCUCAAGCAAAAUUGGUGUCUGGCUUUACAGAUGGAUCCCUAUCAACCCUCACACCUGUAGAUGAAGCUGUUUUCAAACGACUACAACUUUUGCAAGGGCAAUUGACACGAAAUGUGCAGCACACUGCCGGAUUGAAUCCAAAAGCCCACCGAAUUGUGCGAAAUGACGCUGUGUCCAAGCCUUUGUCGAAAAAUGUGCUUGAUGGCCAACUCCUUAGCGAAUUUCAAGUCUUGGGUAUCAGUCGCCAGAAUGAAAUCACGCGACAGAUUGGCACAGAGAAAGCUCUUGUUUUGCAUGACUGGUCUUCUCUUAUUGUUCCGUGGUAGCGAGAAUUUCAGUAUCUGUUAUUCUGACCUGCAAUAUAUCAUGUACAACAGCAAUCGUCCCUUUAUCAUGCUAUACCGAGCUCUCGCGCCAAGAUCUGGAGACCCUGUAUCACAUCGUUUGUCAAGUAUAUACAAAGACCAGCAGAGAAGUUAGCUCACCAGGUGUUUGCUUAAAAACCGCGCGGUUCCAAAUGGACCCAUCGCGAACCAAAGUCCCGGAUGUCCAGAGGGUCGGAAUACCUGAUUAAGUUCUCCCUCGGAGUCAAGGCCCCACACCUCAGGCGGAAGAAGUC